GUGUGUGUGUGUGUGUGUGUGUGUGUGUGUGUGUGUGUGUGGCAGUGGGAUGCCUGGGAUCACCGAUCACACUCGGUCCAUCGCAGGAGUGCCGGAGAAAAUCGGGUCCUACUGAGAGUUUAUCACUUUAAUCUGUCAUUGUGCGGCUAAAGAAAGAAAGAAAGAGAAAGAAAGAAGAGGAAGAAGAAGCGGCGACGUGGACGCGGCGGUGGCGGGGACGCGCAUUUCAAAAAAAAAAAAAAAAAAGACGCAGCGGAGAAAUGUCAUGUAAAGCCAUGUGAGUGAGCAGGACCACGUCCAACUGUGCCUGUGGUCAGGAAAUCAUGGUAUGGCCAGUUGCCUGAGUUGGUGCCCAAGAAGCAAACUUGUUGCACAUCCACUAAGAUGGAAACUCACAAGAAUCAGAACACCAUGACGAUGGUCAUAUCUCUGCCAUAGUAAAAAAACAAAAAAAAAACAAAACAAGAAUAUAUUUGCGCAACAUCUUCUGUGACAGGUAAAUACCCUGUAAAAUUGCAUUUCAUCUCUCAAACCAGUGUGGACUGAAAACGUAUAUUGUGAAGCAAAAAGCCAUUGGAUCUCUUGGUGGAAACUAUCUGAACAUUUUUCUUCUCUGUUGUGGUGGCCAGCCAUAGAAGGGACCAUAAUAUUGAACAUGACUCAUGGGGAAGAGACUGGCCCUGAGACACACCAGGAUUCUGCUGUUCUAACAUAUCUGGAAGGCUUACUCAUGCAUCGGGUAGCAGGAGCACAAAGUGCCACAGCAACACAACAAAGUGAGGCUGAAAAAGGCAACGAGGAGCAGAAAAACAAAGAGACACCAGGGCUUACAUUGCCCAAGCAUAAUGCUCAGCAAGAACAGGAUAAAACAACUCCCCAAGGAGGGUCAACACAUCAUGUGAAAAAAGCUCGGCUGCUUCGCUCUGAAGUCUGGACUGAACAUGAGAGCCAAGUGCGACAAAUGUCCAUGCCUUCUCCUGAGCUCAAUGGGAGGAAGCAGGAACACUGUGGUGGCCUGAAUGGUUCACUGCAGUGUAAAGGAGAGAGCACAUUGCUGGCAAGUCUGCUUCAAAAUUUUAGCACAAGGCUCCAAAAUGUGGCCCUGUCACAGCAGAUUGUACAAAACUUGACACCACAGAAGGCAUCCAGUUCAGGCAGUAACCCCAAUAAAGAGGACAAGAUACUGGAGCAUGGCCAUGGAUCUGAUGAAUCUGGUCUGCGUUUGGCCGGAAACGGUACAGUGCAGAACAAUACCAGCAGUCAGAUGUACCACCACCGACAACCCAGCCAGGAAAGGUUAUCAAAGUCUCCAGGAGCACUACAGCGCAGUGCUCGGUCCUCCUCAUCAGAAUCCCUUCAUUGCACUGAGCGUCUAAAAGCUGUAGCCAGUCUAGUAAAUAUCAGGUCGAGUCCGGCUCCUUCGCCAAAACCCAGUGUGGCCUGCAGUCAGCUGGCCCUGCUGCUUUCGAGUGAGGCUCACCUGCAGCAGUAUUCCAGAGAACAUGCACUUAAAGCUCAACUAGCUGGGCGAUCUGCCAGUGAAAGGCUUGCAGCCAUUGCCACACAGCAAACUCAAGAAAAGAAACAGCCUACAAUAUCUCAGUCAAACCAUGAUGGACUUAGCUCCUUACAGACCAAAAAUGGGAUACAUUCUCAAAUGCCAACAAGCUCUAGCAGACAAAGUCAAAGCCUACGUACAGGACAAAGUAGGCCAGUGGGUUCAGUGCGGAGAACACAUCCCUUCAGGGAGCGCAGACCUUUUGAAAGGCAUGGCAGGCCAUCACAGAACUGCAGCAGCCUGCUCCUUCAACUUCUCAACAGCCACAACACACCACAGAGAGUUAUUUCUCAGGAACACCUGAAAGAGGAUGUCAACAUCUUUUCUAGUCGAGGGUCUCCUAUGUUCUCAGACAGUGAACACUCAAAUUCCAACAGUCUACCAAAAGAUAGCAGUGAUGCUGAGAGUACUCGCUCCAGUUGCUCUCCUAUCGACCUGUCUUUGAAGAACAAAGUGAACAUCUCAACACCACUCUCUUCUUCAUCCUCACCUGCACUGGACAAGGUCACAGAGUCUCUGAAAACCAGGUGGACAUCAGAGAGUCCAACUUUAAAAUUCCCUACAGAACCCAAAGAGUUACACACUUGUUCAGAGAUUAAGCCCCACCACAAGGUUACUCUUUUGGAAUUGCUCCUCGAUCAAAAACACAUAGAGAAGACAAACAAAGCUCCUGAUAAUCCAGAUGUACAGCCUAAGAUCAUACCUAAGGUCACUAGUGCAUCAACAAGUAAUCACACUCUUUUUUAUCCAGGUCAGUGUAAGGAUACAAGAGAACCUAGCCCUAAAUGUAGAAUGAAUACCAGAAGUCCUAAAUUACUGCCAACAUUUGCCCAAGGCAGAGAUUGUAACAUCCGUGCAUCUCCUUACAAUGUAUAUAACUCUCCUCAUACACAGUCAGUACCCUUGGAUCUGUGUAAGAAUAAACCACUUGCAAGUGGUCCAAGUGUCAAAGAAGGAGCUUUUAGUGCUAGUAAACUGUUACAAAAUUUAGCUCAGUGUGGAAAACAAAAUGCUGCCAGUUCCCCCACACCGAAGGCUUCUCUGCCUCCAGUCAAAAGACAGACUGAAGAGUUUAGAACUUCAAAGUCUUCAACUUUGUUAGAAAAGCUUGCUGUACCAGUUCAGAAAAAUAACACCCCUCAUGCGAAAUCGGUAAACUCUCUUGUGGCAGAAUCUGCACAACAUAAUUCAGAAAUUGAAAAUCUCCUUGAGAGGCGUACAGUCCUACAGCUUCUUUUGGGGAAUAAAUCUCAAAAAGAACGAGUUGGCAAUAAGCGAAAGGGAGAAUCUGGAAAGCAAGAAAAUCAUUCAAAAUCCCACAAUACAUUGAACAGAUCCUCAACAGAUCUUGCAGUGAAAACUGAGCCUGUAGCAGAUGAAAUGUGUAAUGAUGAAAAAGUAUCACAUCAAUGGCAGAACAAAUUAGCAGAGUCACAUAGGCAGAGCCCCCACACUCUCAAUCAGGGAAGUAUAAAGCAAGAGCCACUUUCCCCAGUGGCUGUCCCCAGAGAUGGUCUUCUUUCUCAUCUCCUGCAUCAGAAGCCUAGAAACCUAAAGCCAAACUUUUUAGAGCACUCAAAUCAGGGAUACAUUAAAGAGGAACCCGUGGAACAUCACCAGGGACCAACCAUCCCCAAGAAGAGGAAAUUUUCGGUUGAACCACAGGACCAUGUUAAGGUGACCCAGCAGAGAAUGUGUAAUAGUUCUGGCAGCCAAAAGAAUGAUAGCGAUUGCUCAACCUCUGGAAUUCCAGAGUCUCAAGAAUCCAGUGAUCCAUCCAGCCCUCCACAGGCAGACAGUCCGCCAGCUAAGUUUCCACCAUGUGAAUCACCACGUAACGAAAAUGGGGGAUUUAAUGUCCUGAAGCAGCUACUUCUUUCAGACAACUGUUUGAAGGAACUGUCUCAGUCAAGGGGUACAUGUAGUUCGCUUGAACGUCCAGUCCAAAAUGGGAGUGCAAUCAAAGAACCACGUAACAACGGUGAGCUUAAAAGCUUUCACCAGACCUUGAACAAGGGCAAGCCACCUUCAGCAACAGCAGGAAAAAACAGAGUAGAGUCUCCUGCUGUUCAGCAGGAUUCGUCCAGGUCAAAACGUGACAUUGCCUCACAGAAAGACUUGAAGGUAUCAACCGGUUUUGUGAAUGGUGAUAAAACACAAGACUGCCACCUGGAUUCUCCACGAUUGACUAAAGCUAACCCUAUUUUGUAUUAUAUGCUCCAGAGGAGCAAUGCACAUUUGGUUAGGGACAGAGUGGAGCUUGAAGCAAAGUCAGGACCUUGCAGAGUGCAGACUAAAGAGAAAGAUGAGUCUGAGGCCUUUGACCUCAAAGUACACUUGCAACAAAACCCACAUCAUCACAACGGGACUCAUAGCUGUGACUCACCACGGAUCAACGGGUCAUUCAAGAAGUCAUGAAGAAGACUGCUUUGGAAUGAUAAUUUCGUGUUCAUCAUUCUUCUUGCUUCUCUGUAUUGCCAUUUUGUUUCUUAAUAUGAAAACCGUUGUCUACUCUCUAUUCUGUAAUAUCAGUGCUUAAUUUCUUGCCAUUUCUUAUCUGGAUGAUUUUCAACUUCAAAAACAUAACAAAAAAUACUUAGUAUUCUCAUUUGAAUUUUUAAAACUGUUGUUAAAAUAUAAAAAGUUUGUGACAUGCUCCUUAUAAUAUAUCUACAUUUCCUAAUCAAACUUCCUCCAUUGUUGAAUUUUGAUAGUUUUGAUAGUUAUGCUGCCGUGGUACAGGUUAUGUAAUUGAUUUUUACAGCAACUUCCCUAAGCAAAUAUUAAUUUUCUUUGGGAUGUGCUGCACAAACGUACAGAAUUCUUUAUAUAGCCCAUAUUUUCAUUGGUUCAUCAGUAUAAAAAACACAAUAUAGUAUGUGCAUGAUAUGUAAUUUGUAUCAUUUGGUAUUGGUGGCUUUUUAUUUAUCCAUUUUGUUAAUUUUUUUUUUUUUACUAAUUUAUGAAGUGCUUUACAAAUAACUCAGCAUUUCAUUGCACCAAGCCAAGAAUAGAGAUUUCUGCAAUACCCUAUAUGACGAUGAAGAAAAUGGUACCAAAAAAAACAAAAAAACAAACUUGGUUAGAAAUUAUUUGACAUGUUGCUCAGCUAAAGAUGAAGAUGUAAUCUGAUUAUAUGAAUAGGUAUCGGCAUCAGCAUGUGCCAUAAAUGUCUAGCAUUAUGCAAUAAAAAUGCAUUAAAACAAGACAAAUCAAGCUUGCCGGAGAUGCAGAGAGUGUUCUAGUUAUGUGCAGAAUGUGUGUCGUUUUAAUGGUCGUGUUUUACGGGAGUACUGUGCUACAAUUGUCAUUCCCCACAUAUGAUAAUGUAUAUGAUAAUGGUCUUACAUUUUACGAAUGGGAAUAUAACACAUUAUUUUUGUCCCUCAAUCUUAAAGUCUUGUUAUAAACUAUAUUUAUGUACAUACCGUAAUCUUUAUCUUUAUGAAAGAUGGCUAUUUUGUAUGACUGAAAAAGAGAAACCUUUUAGUUUUGGAAUUUCCUAAAGAGUCCGCACGGCUUUCACAGCUGUGUUAAUAUGUACAUAAUUAGAGAUGUUUUUUUUUGUUGUUGUUGUUUGGUUUUUUUUUUCUUUUUUGGUUCUACUUUUUGCAUGUGUCUCUUGGUAAAAUUACAAUAAUCCGUUCUGCAACAAUGUUGUGUUAUGUCAGAUAUUCAACAGUCCACAGCUGCCUGUUGCAUGCAGAUGCAUGAGAAGGUUCCUACAUAUUACUGCUCAUGGAGGAAUUCAAGUCUUAAGCAUAACUAUUUUGUCAUGAAGCCUGAUUAAAAAAAUGUAUUGUCUGUUUAUUCUAAGAAAUAGACUGCUGAGUAAAAUAUCUGAACUUUUGAAAGAGAUGUGCAUAUAAAAAAUCUAUAUUUAUUUUGGUUUUUAUUCUAUUUUAUUUUUUACAAGAAGACAACCAAACCAGUAAAACAAUUAAGUCAUGUACAGCAAAGGUGCAAUUAUGGAUUACUUUAAUGCUUUGAGGAUUUAACUUGGUUUUAAACAACAAAAAAUAAAUGUUUGGACUGCAGCAUAUUGAAUAUUAUUGUGAUAUCAUUUUUAAAUGUAUUCAUUUUGGUGUUUACUUGCACAGAUUUUGAAUAAAGUUCCAAAAUGCACAAAGUAAAACUUGUUUUUUUUUU